GAAGCAGUCGCAGUCAGUCGCACCACCGAUCCACGAUCCACUGAUCCACCGAUCCACGCAAUUGUUGCUGUUUCUUUUCUCAAAGAGCCAACGGCGAUACUUUUUUUUUCGGCUGUUUACUAUUUUGGCCAACACGCCACACCCACACACGCCCACGUCCCACACACACGCUCGCAACAGAGACAGCAUGAGGCAGCCAAGCAGACAGCACAUCCUGGCAGCAGCGCUACUCCUCUGCAGCGCCAUCUGCCUGGUAAACGCCGUACCACUACCCCAGCCCGCCAACGGCAACAAGGAGCUGGAUGUCCUCCAAAUCCCGCUGGCCAAUGGCAAGGAAAUCGAUGUCUUGACAUUGGGCGCCAAAGACCAAGAAACAUUGAUAGCCGAUCGCAAUAAACGAACGAUUGGACUGCUGCGUGAGCUGUUCCCCGACAUCACCAAGAAUGGAGCCACCGAUACCCAGAUCGACCUAUCGGCCAUCAACAAGCAAUUGGAGGAGACUAUCCGAGUGGCCCGUCAGGUGAAGGAGGCGGAAGCUGCCGCCAACGCUGUGGCCGCCCAGUCCCUGUCCCCAUCCUCGUCCUCUGCCUCCUCGCCGAUCGCCCAGGCGCCCAUUCCCCUGAAAUCCAACGAGCCCAUCCAGCUGAGCUUCAACAACGAACUGCCCAGUGUCUCGACCUCCGCAGGUGUGAAUGACAAGGCCUUGAGCACCAACGAUCUGCAGCUGUCCGAGUCCAAGUCGCCGGCGAUCGAUGAACUGACCCUUGACUCCGCGGAGGAGACCGCCGAACUUGAUGAUCGCAACAAGAGUAAUCUGUUCAAAAGGUUCCUCAGCUUCGGCGGUGCGGGUCUGGCCGGCGGCUCAAGCGGCGGUGCAGGCGGCUCCCCCAGUGGCAAUGCCCUGGGAGCCGGCGGCUCUGGCAACUUCCUGCUGGAUGUGGUUAGGCUUUUCUCGGGCAGCGUUCAGACCCAGCAGGGCGAUGAGGCGGCCAACUCAGUGGGCGGUGGUGCCAGCAGCAGUAGCAGCGGCAGUUUGGGUGGCGAUGGAGAUGCGGAUGGCGAUAGCACCCGCAAUGCCGAUGGCUACACCGAGGGCAUUCCCGGCCCGGUCACGCGCCUUGUGGUGCUGGCCAACCGCGGUCUGGCCAAUCUGGUCCAGGACUUGAUACUGCGCGUUGCGGCCACCAGCGAGAAGUUCGUGAACUUCAAGGCCAAGCUGAUAACGGCGCUGAUCUAAGGUCAACGGUCAGCACCGGCCACGCCCUCGCCCGAAUUAGUCAAGUCACCAACCUGUACAGAGUCAAAUGCAGCAGAUCACCCUCUCUAUCUCGCUCUCCCCCUGUCUCUAUCUCUCUCUCUCUCUCUGUCUCCCCCCCAAGAAACCGCUACUUCCACCCCCCAACACAACCUUCCACACACACAUACAAGCACGGCCACGCCCACUCACUCACACGGAGACAAUACUGUUGUGCAUCAUUCGAUCAAAGAAAUUUCCCGGCAAUUUCAACAUUUUUUUAAAAAUUUUUAGCUAAUUUUUUUAUAACAAAAAACGGAAUUAGUUUGAUUAACUAAACACAAAAAAAUCAUAAAAUUAUAAGCAAAAUUGCAAAAAAAAAACAAAAAACGAAAACACAAAUCAAAGAAUUUUAUUUAUAUAUACCAAUAAAACAAAAAAAGAAAAAUGAAAGCAAAAUUAUGAAAUUAUGAAAAAAAAAAACAACAACAUGAAAAUGUAUAUGUAUAGAAAGAAGAAGAAACGCCUGAUACAAUUAUUCCUGCCCUAGUACUAUAUCUUUCUACUGUCCCGACUAUCCCAUGAUUUUCCAAUUUUUCUAUUGGCUUUUGUAAAUAUUUUGCUAUUUGCAAAUUUUCCUCACUUUUUUUCCUUAAUUUGUAAUUUGCGCCCUCGCCCCCCACAACCCAUUUCCCACUCCUUUUUUUUGUGUAUAUUUUGUGUUCUAUUAAAAAAAAUCAUGACUGUGGUGUUUUAUUUACUAUUAUUUUUAAUUAUUUUAAACGAAAACGAAACGAAGAAGAAGUCGAUAAAGAUGAAGAUGGAUAUGAAAAUGAAAAUGAAAAUGAAAAUGAAGUUGAAGUUGAAAAGGAUGAAGAAGGCGAAGAGACACGUCAAGUUUCUAUUAGAAGAAAUAUAGCCGAGCUUAAUGUUUUUUUUAUUUGCUGUUGUUGGUCAAAGAACCCCCCACCCCGAAAACACCCACAAACACAAAAACACACACACUCGCACAUCCACUGAAGCAUACUCAAUAUAUAAACCGAUCGAUCCGAUAUGCCUAUUAUAUACAUAUCUAUAUAUAUAUAUAUAGUUCCGUUCUUGUUCGACUUCCCCUGUGCCCCCCUGGAUUUGUUUGUAACUCCCCCUAAUCCUAAGCGAAUUGUGUUUUUCUCACUAUGAUUUUUUUCUAGCCUAGCUAAGUGAAACUUUCGAAAAAUGUGUAUAAAAUAAAAGUGAAAUGAUUUUAAA